AUGGCGGUCGACUGCCCCAUCUGCAACAAGCCUGUCAAAUCCUCCGAGAUCAACAGCCACAUCGACUCAGGAUGCGAGAGCUUCAUCAUAGACAAAGAGAAGGACCCGACACCGCCGCAAUCACAGACGCCACAGAGUAAUUCUCAAAAACGAAACGCUUCCAACUUCUUCUCUACGCCUGCGCCAAAACGACAAGCUGCGUCUGAGAAUCGAAUAGCGACUCCUGUGAACGGAGCAUUACAGCCUAUAGCAGGGAAGAAGAGGACUUUCGAAGAGGGCCCAGGUCAUGGAGUAGCAGUUUCCAAGGAUGCAGAAGAGACGAAAAACGGCGAGAAUGCCAACGGAACGAGCACUUGGUCUCCGAACACGGAGCAGGAUGGAAGAGUGGUGAAGAAGACAAAGACACAACGAGCUGCGCCCUUGGCCGAACGGAUGCGACCACGAAACCUCGACGAAGUAUGCGGACAAGAUCUAGUUGGGCCAAACGGUGUGUUGCGCUCUCUUAUCGAGUCGAACCAAGUACCCUCGAUGAUCCUAUGGGGUGCUUCGGGCACAGGAAAGACAACAAUAGCACGAUGUAUCGCUCGUAUGGUCGGUAGUCGGUUCAUCGAACUCAAUGCGACAAGCACAGGGGUCAGCGAGUGCAAGAAAUACUUCCAAGAGGCGAUGAACGAUCUUGCCCUCACUGGUCGCAAGACCAUAAUCUUUUGUGACGAGAUUCAUCGCUUCAACAAGGCCCAGCAAGACGUGUUCCUUAAGCCUGUUGAGGCUGGCACUGUGACGCUCAUCGGCGCAACUACAGAGAACCCUUCUUUCAAGGUGGCAAAUGCUCUGCUCUCCCGAUGCCGUACCUUUACGUUGCAGUCUCUUACAACAGAGGAUGUGGUGCGCAUUCUACAGCGGGCAAUCAAGGAGGAAGAAUCAGUUUAUCCGCAAACUCCAUUAUUGGACGAAGCUAUGGUGACCUACUUGGCACGAUUUGCGGAUGGUGAUGCUCGUACUGCCUUGAACCUCCUCGAGCUCGCCCUUUCGCUCACAACCCGCGAAGGUAUCACACAAGAAGACAUCAAGGCCGCCCUUACUAAGACUCUUGUCUACGAUCGUGCAGGCGACCAACAUUAUGACACUAUUUCUGCUUUCCACAAGUCAGUCCGUGGAAACGAUGCAGAUGCGGCACUCUACUACCUUGCGCGCAUGCUCCAAUCCGGCGAGGACCCCUUAUUCAUUGCCCGCCGCAUGGUUGUCAUUGCCUCUGAAGAUGUUGGUCUGGCGGAUAACACCCUCCUACCACUUGCUACGGCAACAUACACAGCCACACAACAAAUUGGCAUGCCAGAAGCUAGGAUACCUCUGGCGCACUGCACUGUUGCGCUAUGUAAUGCGCCCAAGAGCACCAAGGCCUACCGUGCUCUCAACAAUGCCUACGCAGCCCUACGCGAACCGGGUGUGGCCGGUCUUCCUGUACCUCUACACUUGCGAAAUGCUCCUACAAGACUCAUGCGUGACAUGGGAUAUGGCGCUGAGUACAAGUAUCCGCCCAACUACCGUGAUGGGCAGGUGAAGCAGACAUAUCUACCCGACGAACUUGUUGGACGUCGGUUUGUUGAGGAACGGGAUCUAGGAACAGAGGUUGAUCCAGAUCUUGAGAUGGGCGGAACUUAA